CAAAGUAUGAUGAACAAUGGCGCCGCCCUAUAGAAAACAGUGUAAAAUAAUUCUGUUAUUAUUUAUAUUUUAUUUAAGUGAUACUGGAGGUCAAUACGAUGAAUACACAAGGUACUCUAAUGGAUAUCAACAGAACCUUCCUAAUUCGUAUGACGAAUUUGGCCCACGACCACCGUAUAUUCCCAAUAAUCCAGAGUAUGAUCAGAGUUCCACAUAUUUAUAUAAAGGGAGAAGAUAUGGACAGAAUUAUAACUCAAACUAUUACGGCCAAAGGCCAGGAGAUCCUAGAAUAAGAGGACAGGAUAAUAGGUUUUCAUAUGAUAGGACUGGAAUUGCAGAACCUAAUUUACCAGGAAUUCUAGGAGGCUGGCGAGAAGAUCUACAAGGUAAAAGAAGAGACCAAACUAGGGAAAAACUAAGGGAUGUAUUUGUUGAAACACUUUAUGGAAACAUUCAAGGUUUUCAAGUUUACCUUUUUGACAAUCCUGAUCCAGAAUCCUUAUAUAGACCAGGCUCAGAAUUCAUUGAAAGACAGCAAGGCGUUGCAAGUGUCUUUUUAGGAAUUCCAUAUGCCCAACCACCUGUUCUCGAAGGUAGAUUUAAGCCUCCAAGACUUCAUAAAAGCUGGCAAUUAAUGCAAGCAGUGGAUUUUGGUCCAGCAUGUCCACAACCAGCUAGAUACACAGGUGCUACUUUAGGAAUACGAGAUGUUGAUGAGGAUUGCUUAUACCUUAAUAUUUUUACACCUGACAUGACAGAAGGAACUGGACAUAAAUAUCCAGUAAUGAUCUAUAUCCAUGGAGGUGACUUCAUUCAUGGAGCUUCUAACACCUUUCCUGGUCACAUCAUGGCUACCUUCUACAAAGUUGUGGUUGUUUCAUUUAAUUACAGACUAGGAGCUUUAGGAUUUUUGAGUACAGGUGAUGUUAAUUCUCCUGGAAAUUAUGGAAUACUGGAUCAAGCAAUGGCUAUAAAAUGGGUCUAUGACAAUGCAGAACAUUUUAAUGGUGAUCGAGAUAGUAUAACACUAUUUGGACCUGGUGCUGGAGCUGCUUCUGCUGGGUUGCUGAUGGUUGCUCCCCAAACAAGUCAUAUUGUUACUAAAGUAAUUGCACAGAGUGGUUCGGCAGUUGCAGAUUGGGCAAUGAUAUUUGACAGAUACAGAGCUCAGAAUACUAGUAGAGUUUUUGGAAGACAAAUUGGAUGUAGUAUAGAAUCAUCAUGGAAAUUGGUAAAUUGUCUCAAAAAUUCUAGAAGUGCGUUUGAAAUAGGUAAUGCUGAAUUCCCACCUGAGGUAGGCCUUUUCCCUUGGGCACCUGUCAUAGAAAUGAAUGUGACAGUGCCAGACUAUGAAGGAUGGGAUAGAAAAGAUUGGCAUUUUAUCAGUGACAGUGUUGAAAAUUUGAUAAAAAAGAGGUCGUUUAACCAAGGAUUGCGUUAUAUGUCAAGUGUUACCUUACAAGAAGCAGCUGGAUUUAUAACUUCCAACAAAACAUUGGAGCCCAAUUUCAGGAUAAGUCAAGAGUUUUUUGAUCAAAAAGUAAGAGAGCUGGUUUUACGGUACAACUACACAUUAAAUCCCAAUGGAAUAUUCGACGCAAUAAAGUACAUGUAUACUUAUUGGCCAGAUCCAGAUAAUGUUACUCAUAUAAGAAAUGAAUAUAUACAGUUACUUUCUGACUUUUUAUAUACUGCUCCAAAUGAUAAAAUGGUAAAACUAUUGAUUGAACAAAAUGUCCCAGUGUAUAUGUACGUUUUGAAUACUACGGUGGAAUCAUUUAACCUUUCAGAAUGGAGAAAAGUUCCCCAUGAUAUUGAACACUAUCUUUUAUGUGGAGCACCAUUCUUAGAUGUUGAAAUGUUACCUUCAGGAGAACGAUUUGUCCGUGAUCAGUGGACUAGAAACGACAGAAAUAUGAGUCACUUCUUCAUGAAGGCAUAUUCUGAUUUUGCUAGAUAUGGAAAUCCUACUCAUACUCAAAUUUUAGGACUACAUUUUGAAGAAUCUAAACAUGGGCAGCUAAAAUAUCUAAAUUUGAAUACAACUUAUAAUUCUUCGAUAAUGUGGAACUUCCGACAGACAGAAUCAGCCUUCUGGUCUCAAUAUAUUCCUACUUUAGUGGGCCAUCUUGUACCUACUUAUCCUCCUACAACUGAGUUUUGGUGGGAACCAAGAGCACCGUUGCAGAUAGCAUUCUGGAGUGUUUCAGGAGCUUGCUUGCUGUUAAUUGUUCUUCUUGUCAUUUGCUGUAUUUUAUGGAGGAACGCAAAGAGGUCAUCAGACAGAUACUACAACCCCUAUCUUUACACUGACAAUGACACAGACAACGAUGGCAUCGAGAACAACCGCAGUCCUGAAGUGAAUGAGUACAUAGAGAAAUAUGGUACUCGCAUAAUACCUCCCCGUUCCAACAGCGAGUCUUCAUUCCACAGUGUUUCUAUGAAAGAGAUGCAAGGAUUUGUGAAUAGCAACCCUAAUGUAGAGUCUCGUCCUCCUAGACAAGGUACGCCCACUGUACCGGUUAAACGGAAAAAACCAUCUGAGUUCCCUCCAAGCAUUCCUCAAACAGACGUUUAGAAAAGUUGUACUUUGAUUUCAAAAAGCUUUGAAAUUUGGGCAAUAUUUAAAUAUUCAAUCAUUUAUAAUCUUCACGGUACAAAAACAAGGUCAAUAGAGAGUUUUUAGACUCUCUACUUUUUGACGUACGUUAAACGUAAAAUGUUUUACUUCUCAUACGCAUUGAGUAAUAAAUAAGGGAUAACGUUUUUACUGUAAACCGUUUUUGAAUCCUUUCAGAAACUACGGACACAGAUUAACGUUAAUUGACAUUUGACAAACGUAACAUAUAAAACAAUAGUUGUGUGCUAUAACCUAUUUUAUUUGAAUUAUUUGCCAUAAUCGAAGAAAAUAUUGAAAAUUUAUUAAGACGACGAAGACACAAGGAACUAAUAGAUCACAAUUUGAUAAAGGUUUAAUUCGUCAUAAUAUUUCUGAUCCUUUUUUAAGUGAUGUAAUUUAGAAUUAUUCUAACAGGGUUUUUUUUUAAUUAAUUUGAUGACUUUGGUAGGGACCAAUUAGCCAGACAAUCUAACAGGGUUGCCAAGCAGAUUAUAUUACCUGUUUAUUAAUUGAUCGUUUUUAAGAAAAACAAAUUUUGACUACAGUUUUAUAGAUCAUUACUAUAUUUUUAAUUUUAGUUUUCUUACGUAAGUAAUACGUUAUUUUUCUGUUAAUGCGCAUGAGCAGAAUAACGUUUAACGUUAUUGAAAUAAGGGGCUUAAAGACUCUAAUAGCAACAUCGUUUUAAACGUUUUGGCGAACGUUACGUGAAAAUAUGUUAUCUACUAAUAUUUAAUGGGAAUAAGUCACAAUUUUAAGUAAAAAUUAGUUAUACAUGGUUUCUGAGGUGGACAACAAAAUCUCAACUCUAACGUAUUUUCAAUUAAAAUUGUGCUUAUUCCAAUUAAAUACGGUAUAUAACAGAAAUGCGGCAAGGAAAUAGCUUCAAGAUUCAAGACCAAAGUUAAAAUAAGUAUUAGAAAGGGUUUAUACAACCCUCGUGUUAAGUUGGUAGAUUGCCAUGAUACGUUGCAGGGUUGGUAUGUCGAGUUGAAACACUGACUCUAACUUAUAACUUUAUUUAUGAUUUACAACAUCCAUCAACAUGAGGUUACUAAGAUGUUGUUUCGCGGGGUAGUCCUUCAGGACACCCUUCUCGCAGGACGGCUCACUAGCAUAGUAACGAUCUUAAUCUUACUAUGAAUAAUGACAAUACUAUAAUCCUCAAUUUAAUCCCUCUGUGGGCUAUUUAUCUCUUCUUCUAACUCGGACUUUGGAAGUAAACUAUACGUGAGUAUCUGCGAGGUUACACAAACAAACUUCGUCAAUCAACCUUCGUUUUGUUUGUGUAUGUAGAAACAAUAUCUUUUGUAACAACCUAAAUUACUUAAAAUUAUAUACAUUUUUUCGAUACAUAUUAUAUUAUACAGUAAGGGUUUUUUCCCUUACUGUACACGCGGCUAAGAUCAAUCGCACUUCAGUUUAUUCUUGUCCUUUCUGUAUACAGUGUGGAAGGCACUUACGGAAUAAAAUUAUGUGUGUCUUUGUUUCAAAAAAUUAUAAAAAUCGCUGAGAGCCAUCGAUUUUUAUAUAAAUGUGCACUUUUUAAACAUAAAUUUAAAUGUACAGGGUGAUUCAUGCAAGCCUAGCAGAGACCGUAAGGUUUAUUUUUAAUGGAGCACCCUGUAUAUUUUUAUAAUUUUUAAAAGCUGCUGAACAACCUGAUUUUAACGAACUAUAUCAUGUAUAUAGGUAUAUUAUGAAUAAUACAGGGUGAAAUUUUUAAAUUAUAAAAUAUGGAAACCACUUAUGGAAUAAAAUUGUUUGUGUCCUUAUUUUAGAAAAUUAUAAAAAAUCCUAUGACACGUCAACUUUUAAAUUCAAAUGAGCGAUUUAUCAAUAUAAAUUUAAAUAUACAGGGUGAUUCACGCAAGUAUGACACAGUCCAUGAUUUUUAGUUUUGAUGAAUCACCCUCUAUAUUGUUAUGUUCUUAGAAGCUACUUAACAACCUCAUCUCAAAAAAGUAUAUUAUGUAGGGUCUCUUAUGAAUCAUACAAGGUGAAAUUAGACAUUAAAUAUUCAAAAUCAAAUAUUUUGAUACUUAAUUUAGAAAAAUUUUGUAUUUAGCUAAUUUAAAAAAUAAUACUACGAUUUAAAGUAAGAUAAAUUAUUAAUUUCAAACAUAAAAAUAUACAGGGUGUUUCAUUAAAAUUAAAGAUCAUGAACUAUGCUAGACUUGCAUGAAUCACCCUGUAUAUUUAAAUUUAUGUUUAAAUAGUGCACACUUGAAUUUCAAAGUUGACGAAUCCUAGUGUUUUUUAUAAUUUUUUAAACUAAGGACACAAACAAUUUUAUGCCAUAAGUGGUUUCCAUACAUUAAAAUUUAAAAAUUUCACCCUGUAUUAUUCAUAAUAUACUCUACAUGAUGUAGUUCGUUGAAAUCAGGUUGUUCAGCAGUUUUUAAAAGUGUAAAAACAUAUAGGGUGUUCCAUUAAAAAUAAAGCUUGUAGACUAUGCUAGGCUUGCGUGAAUUACCCUGUUUAAUUAAAUUUAUGUUUAAAAAGCGCAUAUUUAUAUAUAAAAAUCGACGGGUCUCAGCGUUUUUUAUAAUUUUUUAAAACAAAGACAGAAAUAAUUUGAUUCCAUAAGUGCCUUCCACCCUAUACCGGGUGUCCACUUAUAUUUUCCCCCAUUUUAACUGCCUAUAACUUCUAAACGGCUCAAGAUAGAAAUAUGCGGUUUUCGCAGAAAUGUUUUAUUUUAGUAAAAGUUUUGUUUACCCUGUGAUACGCCUGAUUUAAUGGGAAACUAUGUGGAAGUUGCUGUGUUAUAUUUUACUUUGGAACUAGCGAUCUUCAAUGUAGGAUUUCAUAAUUAAGUAGUAGGAGGUUGGAAGAAUGAUUUUGAGUUUGUAGGAGUAGGAGGUUGUAUAAGUGUCCAGUAUGCCAUACUCUAUCAAAUGCCUUUUCUACAACCACGAAUGCCGCUGUGCAAUAUUUUUUUCCUCAAUAGCGGUAAGGAUUUUUGUUAUAUGUAAUUCUAUGAGUCUGUCGUGUCGUGGAGUGUCUCUCUCUAAAACCAAACUGGUGUAUGGGUAUUUCUACAUCUAGGUUAAAGUCCUUCUUCAGUCUAUCAAGUAUUGAUGAGAUUUCGAAGAUUUUGAACAUUGUCGACCAAUCGAUAGGAUGAUGUUAUAUUGGAGGUGUGCCCGGUUUGUGAAUCAUUAUUAUUUGCGCAAAUUUCCAAGUGAUUGGAAAAUAUGUCAGUCUGAAUGCACUAUUAUGUGUUGUAGUUAACAUGGCUUAUCUGAAGAUUUUUCAGUAUUAAUCCAGAUCAGGAUAUAGUAACGUCAUAUAUUUAUUUCGGGGAGCCCAUUCCAUAAAUAUAUUGUAAUACGAAAACCAUACAAAUGGAUUUUUAGUACGUAAUAUCUUGCACAAACCAUUUCUAUUGUUCUGAAGCUAUUUUCUUGGCAUUUUAAUGUUAUUUACAAUCUUUAAUGGGAAAUAACCACAGUUUCAACUGAAAAUACUUUUAUUUUGACGUUUCAAUUUCUACUCCGGAACUAGGAAGUGGUAUUAUGGUUAAUUCCCAUUAUAUGUAGUAAAGACAAAAUUUUUGUAAUUAGAUUUCUAGAAAACUAUGUAAUUUGUACAUAAACACAUUUUAUACUUAUACCAGCCAAAGCCUAUAAUUUUCGAAACUCUAAUGUCAGUUGAACAAGGAAAAUACAGCCCUCAUUUCUUAUAGUAGAAGAAAAUACCCAGUGAUAGAGAAAACAAGAGGACAUUUGUAUAUUGUGUGUUAUUGAUUUGUGUAAAGAACUGUUCGGCAGUAAAUGUGGAAUGUGAUCACAAUUUUUUAAUUAGCUAAUCCUGAAAAGUCGAAUUACAGAAAUAAACAGCUUUCUAUUAUUAAUUUCCGUGUCAAGGAAAACCACCCACAAAGUUUAAGAAAUAUUUUAUCUUUUUACUUUUUUUUCUUACUUAUAUCACAUUAAAACUAUUGUGUAUUGAGUAACGCGUACGGGAUGCAAUAAAACACCUAAAAAAUAAUAAAUCUCCAGGAAGUGAUGGUAUACCCGCGGAACUUAAUAAAUAUGGAGGUGCUACUCUGGCUAAUGAAAUAUAUAAAGUAAUACUGAGAGCCUGGAAUGAGGAACAAAUCCCGGAAGAGUGGUGUAUUGGAAUCAUUUUCCCGCUACACAAAAAGGGUGAUCAAUUAGAAUGUAGAAACAUAGGGAAAUAACCCUCCUUAAUACAGCUUACAAAAUCAAAGUGGUUUUAGGCGUGGUCGAUCAACAACAGACCAGAUCUUUGUGCUAAGGCAAAUACUGGAAAAAAACAUUGAAUUCAAUAUCGACACAUACCAUCUUUUCGUAGAUUUUAAAUCGGCCUAUGAUAGUGUCCUAAGAAAUAAAUUGUAUGAAGCCAUGGAUGAAUUCCACAUCCCUGAUAAACUGAUAAGAUUGGUUAAG